GAUAGGAGGAGCAAUGCGAAAUUGCAGAUAUCUGAUGCUGUGGUAUUUAUGUACGCAAAUGAAUAAGUGGCUUUAUAACAGGUAGAAAACAAGCAACAGAAAUGAGACAUCAUCAUCCUUCCAGUUAAGCUGGUUAGGUUAAGUAACUUAAUUAUUUCUAUAGAAAGUGAACCUGAUUUUCACAUAUUAUAUGAUAUCUGAGAUCUAACCUCACCUGACUACAGAUUUUGAGAGCUGCUGAUAUGAGUCUCCUCUACUUUAUGGUUCUGCUGAUCUUUGGCAUCAUGGCUGAUGAUGAUCAAUGUCCUAUGACAACUAAUGGGAACUUUCUCUACAACAACGGAGAAUUGAACAUUACAGAGGACCUUACUUCAGUACUCUGCACCUGGGAUGGCAUCGGGUGUUAUGUAGAGUGCACUUUUUUCAAUCUCACCACAAACAUAACGGCUGUAAUCAACAAAACAAGUGUGGUAGAAUACCUCGAUGAUCAAAUUAAAAUACUUUCCUUCAAAAUAAGUGAGCAUGACAUCACGUGUAAUGUCACAAAGUGUCGCUCAAAGGAUAUAAGUGAAUUGAUCAUUCAGUCAUCCAACUCUAACGACUUGAAUGAUUUAAAAAGACCAACACGAAUUAAAAAAUUCUGUUCUGAACUGAUUGCUUCAGAUGGUUACGUUAAAAACGUUUACAUCAGGGCAGAGAAAAUCUACAUUGACGCUCUCAUCAGCUUAGUGUUUAAUGGAACAACCAAAAACUAUGACCUAGAGGAAUUUAACAUGACUGUAGUUCAGAUAGAUAUGAUGAACACCACAGAUCACGGGCUUGUACAGAUCUCUGCUCCAAAGGUGCCUGGUGAUAAUCUGACUUUGGAUGUAUUCAUACCUCCUGAACCUUUUGUGAGUGUCUCGGGGAAGCCGUGCAAAGUUUGUAUAGUGACCUAUCCCUCUGUUCAACUGUUUAUAAAUAACUCGUACCCUGUGUUAAAGUCCAAAGUCAUUCGAGUUGAAACUGUCGGACAGGAGAUGGAGUACUUGUCCAAACGGCUUGUUAUCAACUUUACAUUAAACAGUCGUGAAAUAAUACCUGAAAACUAUACUCUGUCAUGUCAGUUCUACGAUGUGGAUGCUGUUCCAGAGCAAAAGUGGGAUGACAUGGGGUCUUUCACCAACCUGGAGAACUUUAACAGCAGCAACACUGUAACCUGCUCAUACAAUCAUAUGACCCCCUUCGCUGUACUUCUGGUUGACAUGAACGUGUUGAAAAUUGAUCCUCAGCAGUGGAAAAUCCUGUCCUAUAUGAGUUAUAUAGGUUGUAGUUUUUCAUCGUUUUUCUCAAUAGUCACCAUCUUCCUCUACGUUUUCAUGAAGAGCCCAAAUAGAAGCAAUUCCAUCCGUAUCCAUGUGUCUUUGAGUGUAGCCCUGUUCUUCCUCAACACCAGCUUCUUGUUAAUCGAAUGGGGAGCCACUUGGUCUCAAGACACUGUGUGUGUCAUAAUAGCGGUGAUAAUACAGUACAGCCUCCUGUCCUGUUUCUCUUGGAUGGCCAUUGAAGCCAUACACUUGUACUUGCUUCUAAUCAAAGUGUUCAACACCUACGUCAAGCACUACAUGGUCAAGCUGUCGCUGUUUGGAUGGGGAAUGCCUGCUGUCAUUGUUGGAGGAAGUCUGUGUGUGUAUGGUAGUAAACCGUUUUAUGGCACCACGCAAAUACAUUUAUCUAGCACAAACGAAACAACGCAAUUCUGCUGGAUUACUGACCCUUACCUUUUGUAUGGCAUGAACAUCCCCUACUUUUCCUUAACAAUCCUGUUCAACACAUCUAUUCUGGUGGCAGUGACGAAUCAAAUCUUUAAGAUGCGUUGCUUGAAUGUCCAAGGCAGUAAGCUUCUGUCUCGUAAGGACAUUUGCACUGUCCUGGGCCUGACUGUCCUGCUGGGAAUGACAUGGGGUUUGGCUUUAUUCACCUCAGGAUACACAAACUACCCCAUUUUAUACCUCUUCUGUAUCUGCAACACCCUGCAAGGGUUGUUUGUCUUCCUGUGGUUCUAUGGGACAAUGAAGAAGGACAGGGAUUUCAAGACACAAACCUCAACUCUGUCCGAACCAGCUAGUACUAAAGUCAAGACCUAUGAAAGCAGCUUUACCCACUGAUCAGAUAUUAAAUGUCAGUUACUGGUGAUGUGGUUAUAUAUCAUAUACUGAUAGAUAUCAAUACAAGAACUGCAACAAGUUACACAAGUUAUUUAAAACCUAUUUGAUCAUAUUUCACUUUUUUCCCUUUCCCUUUUUUCAUUUUCAGAAGUACAGUCCCCUCUCAAAGUAUUGGAACAGCAAGGCCAAUUCUAUUGUUUUUGCUAUACAUGGAAGACAUUUGGGUUUGAGAUCAAAAGAUGAAUAUGAGACGAAUUUCAGCUUUCAUUUCCUCAUAUAUACAUCUAAAUGUGUUAAACAACUUAAAACAUGGCACCUUUGGUGAUGAACACUCAAUUUUUAGGUAAGCAAAAUUACUGUAACAGUACUGUUAAAGUAAAUAACACUUAAUAUUUGCUUGCAUAUCCAUGUGCUUUAUCUUGAUCUUGAAUUUAUUCCCUACUGGUAAGGUAGGAUUCUGACUUUUGUGUACUAUCUACUUGAUUCAGUUGGAUCGAGAUUCUUGCCACUAAAGUUGUUGUAUUGUAUAGUAUUGUUGAUUCUGUAAUUUUGAUUGGAAAUAUUUGUGUCUAAACUAAUUAGUUCUCUCAGGUGGUUAAUCAAGAGUAAUUUCAAUCUCCCUUAAGGUGUGAAUUGUGGGCAGGGCUUACUAAGAUUGAAGCUAUAUCUAAUUCAAAAUUCAGUGUGCUGUAGCGGUUGGAAGCAUAAAUUUAGAUAAAGUAUCAAGUUUAGUAGUGUUUAUUUCUUCUUGUUCAGUUAAGUGUUACCAGUUCCCUCUCAGCCCUAUCUUCACUAACUUCACUCCUGACUAGACAUAUGCCUCAAAUCUAUCUCUGUUGUCACCACUCUCAGACCAGUACUACCAGUAACCUCAUCUACCCUUUUCUGCUGUCUCAGUCUCAAACAGCAGUGGUAGGUGGGUUCUGGAAUUGCCAGUCUACUUUAAAGAAAGCUAAUUUCUUCUCAGUUUUAGCUUCCCAUUACUCUCUUGACUUUCUGGCACUAACUGAGACCUGGAUAUCUCCACAGAACUCCGCUACACCAGCUGCUCUAUCCUUUGCUUAUGCUUUCUCUCACACUCCAUGAGAAACUGGCAGGGUCGUGGUACAGAUCUGCUGUUGUAAUCGGAGAUAGUGCUUCACACCUCUCUCUGUCUCAUUUCAUCCUUAAAAUUCCAUGCAGUUACAGUUACCUCCCCGAUCAACCUUCUCAUCAUAGUCAUUUACCGCCCUCCUGGUCCCCUAGGACAGUGGUUUUCAAAGUGGGGGCCACAGCCCCUUUGGGGGCUGUCUCUCUACCUCUCACAGAACAACCUCCAAGAUCCUAACUAAUCUGGCUUCAAAGUGGCACAUUCCACAGAGACAGUCCUUUUGGCUGUCACUGAGAAGCUACAUGCUGCUAGAUCACCCAAACUGUCAUCAGUCCUCAUCCUUCUCAACCUUUUAUCAGCCUUUGACACAGUCAACCACAGGACUCUCUUGUCCACCCUCAUGAGUCUCGGAAUUCAUGGUGCAAUAUGGCAGUGGUUUGCUUCCUACCUGGAAGGCCACUCAUACCAAGUGAUCUGGAGGGGAUCCACAUCUGCUCCCCGCAGACUCUCCACUGGUGUCCCACAAGGCUCAGUACAUGGUUCUUUUCUUUUCUCCCUCUUUACUCUAUCUCUUGGUAAGGUCAUAUCCUCACAUGGGUUCUCAUACCUUUGUUGUAUUGGAAGUGCAUUAUGGGUCAUUGUCUUGCUGCAUGAUGAUGUUCCUCCCAAUUAGAUUGUAUGCAUUUCUCUGUAAAUUGGAAGACAGACUUCUGAAUUCAUUCUACUGCUAUGAUCAUGAGUUACAUCAUCAAUAAAGAUUAGUGAACCCAUUCCAGAAGCAGCCAUGCAAGCCCAAGUCAUAACACUACCAUGCUUGACUGAUGAGAUUGUAUGUUUUGGACCAUUUUUUUUCUCUCCACAUGUUAAUCUUAGUUCCACAACUUUUGUGGUUCAUCUCUGUAGUUCGUUGUUUAUCUGGCUUUCUGAUUCUUACUGCUCAUGAGUGGCUUCCAUACUGUGGUAUGGCCUCUAUAUUUCUGCACUUAAAGUCUUCUUUGAAUAGUGGACUGUGAUAGCUUCACCCCUGCCCGUGCAGGUUGUUGAUAUCACUAAUUGUUGUCUGGGGGGUUUUCUUCAUAGUUCUCACAAUUUUUGUCAUCAACUGUUCUUCAUUUCCUUGGCGGACCAACCAUGACUGUUACACCAGUGGCUUCUUUCUUUUUCAGGACAUUCCAAAUUAUUGCAUUGGCUAUGCCCAAUGCUUGUGCAAUUGCUCUGAUAGAUUUCUCUCUUUUCUAGGCUUCAAAAUGGCUUGCUUUUCUCACAUAGACAGCUCUCUGGUCUUCAUGUUGGUUUAUCCUUUUUAACAACAAAUGCAGUCUUCACAGGCGAAACCCUGGGCUCAAACCAAGAGUAGACAGGCAGAGCUAUUAAUUCUUUAAAAAAUCAAUUUAAUAGGGCACACCUGGGCAGCUAGAAACAUCUAUCGGUCCAAUAUAUGUUCCAAUAUUUUUGAUCACUUUAAAAAAUGUGUGGGUUCAAACAAAAUAUGCUAUGUUCAGAGUUGUUUAACACAUCCAAAUGUAACUAUGAGGAAAGCUGAAAUUCUGAUCUAUUGUCUCAUAUUCAUCUUUUGAUCUCAACCCCAAAUGUCUUCAAAGUAUAGAAUUGGCCUUGCUGUUCCAAUUAUUUUGGAGGGGACUGUAAAUAAUGCACAUUUGGUUUGGAGGACAUAUAGUAUGUAAAAUGAUCCAAUAUUUUUUAAACUGAGUACUUAUUAAUUCUUCAUCACUUCUACUUUUGAGCAGACUGAUCUGAUCUGAUAUUUUUGGUUUACAUAUAAAGUACCCUUAUCCUUAAACUAGCAGAAAAUGUUUUGUUGUGUAUGUGAUCACACUGUAUAUUCAUUUUUAUAUGAUUAUACAGCUCUCUUAUACUGUGUUAAAGUGAUUCUCUGAUACAGUAUUAUAGUGAUUCAAACCCUGAUUCUUUGAGUUAAUGUUCUUUGAGCACCCCCUGCUGGCCAUACUGGACAUUAACUUCACUUAGGGAUGUGAAUAUGAAUUUAAUUAUUUCAUAAACAUAAAGUUAAUCAGUCCACUAUAAACUAUAGUCUAAAUACAAUUUUUAAUUGGAAAAAUAAAAGAAAACAGAAAAAACAA